AUGAGCGUACUUGCUCCCCCUCCUUCGCCUUCGCCUUCAUCGUGUUUUGAUGCUAUGCUUUCCGAUUCGGACAUCAACAUCGAUCGGGCCAUGUCUACCAACACCUUGAAGCGGAAAGCCUCUACCACCACACAGCCACAGUCCAAGCCUACCAACGCUUCUUCCAGCGAUGCCGACAAUCGUCCGAUCAUUCAGACACCAGCGGAACAGUCAAAGAUGAAGGCGAACAGACUCACAAAGACGCACUCAGCUACAACUGCAAAGCCAUCGCAGCCCUCGUCUUCGCCUUCAGCUCCUGCCGCAAAGAAGGCAAAGCUCAGUAGCAGUGGCACUACACCGCUCGUCGGGCUCAAAAAUGGUAAGCUGGUACUGAAACAGAAGGCUAUCAACUGGUCAGGAACCCUACCCGUUCUCAAAGCCGUCAUCAGGUUUCAGGAGUUCCUCGACAAGCAAGACAAACCCGAUGAAAUUCCAUCAGAGCACCUUCACGUCAUUGCCAAGCUGGCUCACGAGAGCGAAAAGUCGUUGGUAGAACUUUCAAAGACGAUCCGAAAUCAUCUCUUGCCAGAAGCGGAAUUGGGUUCGAGCGACUCGGAGGCAUCAAGUGCGUCUACGAGCGGUAAGAACAAGCUGCCUCUGCCUAGCAUUCAGGCUGCCAUCAAUGCUGUCGCUGAGAGGAGAAACUACGGUAUCGACAACAGCGCUUUUGCGUUACAGUCGUCUACUGAAGAUGCCAGUGCUGUGCCUGCAGCUCUCCAACUCUGGCGAUGGGAGGUCACAGAUCAAUCCAUGCUCCCAUCUGACUUUCUAGACAAGCUCACCGAACGCCGAACAGAGCGUGAAUCAGCAAGAGAACAAGCACAGCAGAUUUUCAGUAGCUUGACGGAGGAGGACAGACAGGCAUUGCUCAGCAAGGGCGUCAAGUCAAAGAUUUCCGCUACUGUCGCACUCUACAAGCCGUCGUCAUCUGCGUCCACUUUCGCCUCUACAUCGACGCCAUCUAAGUUCAAGUCGAAAGCGCAGGCCUGCGCAGCAGGCUCGGCCUCUCAGCCCAUCGCCAAUGAUAGUGACGACCUCGACGAUGGCUCAGUCGCCGAUACGGAACACGACAAUGCAGGAACCACCGCUCCCUCGACUCCUGUCGCCUCUCGCAAGCGCAAGUCGCCUUCUUCUGCAUCCACCCCUCAACCAUCCGGUAAGAGUGCAGCAACUGCAGCCGAGACAUCGACACCCUCCGCCUCGUCCUCGCCAAAGGAGAAGCGCAAGGCUAAGGAGCCAGCAGAGCUCUCAUCCGAGAAGCAGAAGGAGAAGGAAGAGAAGGAGGCGGCCAGAACGGAGCGUUUGAAGGCCAAGGAGGCCAAACGACUCGAACGUGAAGCCAAGGAGCUCGAAAGGCAAAAGGCAAAAGAAGCAAAAGAGGUAGAGAUAAAAAAGGCAGAAGAGCAGAAGAAGCGUCAAGUUAACUUCUUGACCUCGUUCGUCAAGAAGGCCGCCCCUAAGAACCCUACCAAGCCAAGCGCGAUCGUGGCCGUCGCUUCUGGCAGCGGCGCCGGGGGAAAAGCAGCCGCGACUGUUUCGGACUUUGACCGCACUUUCCUGCCUUGCCAGUACAAGGAUCUGGCUCCGAUCAACCGCUUCAUCCCCUCCAAGAAGGUGGAUGACAAGCCAAAGGAGAUCGCUCAGCAGGACUUGAGCCGCGAAGAAAUGCUCUCGCAGUUCCUUGCCCGAGCAUGCGUCCUUAAAGGUUCAUCCUCAUCCGCCAACCCGAAGCUUGCUCGACGGCGCAAAGGAGUCCAUCCCCCCGUUUCCGUCCGCGAAAUCAAACGCAUCGUCACGGAAUCCGACGUCCUUGGCGGUAACGCCCAAGAACAAGCCGAAAAGGCCUUCGAAACUCUCCAAGAUCGAUGCAAAGUGCAGCUUAAACUUCUUCAGUUCGAAUCAGACCGUCGUCCAGGUUGGUACGGCACUUGGACCAAGUCUACCAAUCUCAUCUCUCCUCGAUGCCCGCUUGGACAAGAUCCUGUUAGUUUGGACUAUUCCUACGACUCGGAUGCCGAUUGGGAAGAAUUGGGCCAAGUGGAGGGUGAAGAUGUACAGGGGGGAGAUGGAGAUGAAGAGAAGGAGAGUUUGGCGGAUGAAGAGGAGGAUUCAGAGAUGGAUGAUUGGUUAGUGGAUGAUUUAGAGGUGGAGGAAGAGGAGGAGCAGCAGCGUUUGGCUGCGAUGCAGGUGGAUGGAGAUGAUGAAAUUGUCGAGGUGGAUGCAAAAGGUUUGCCUCUUCCACCUGCGCCAAAGGUUGACGUUACCAACUUGUUGCAUCCGAAGAAAAAGAAGAAGGUUAAGUUGCUAGGCAGGAGAUUCGACUCUAAGCUCGUGCCCUUUUCCACAGGGCCGCACUGGGAGUCGGAAUUCGGCAAGUGCGAGUAUGAGCUCUUCUCGGCGUACAGAAUCGAGAUGCUCAAUGAUGCUUGUUUUGGACUCAAUCCCUUCACAUUCACCUCGGUCGAACGUUCCAGCGACUCUGCGACCGUGCCGAUGGAGGAGGAUACGCCCACCAAAGUCCGCAAAGCAGCUUUACCAGCCGGAGGAGUCCUUGCUGCACUUUGGAACGAAGCUCAACCCUCCUCUACCUCCACCCCUUCCACCUCUAACCCUGCGGAGAAAGCUCAAGGAGAAUUCAAGCACCAACUCAAACCAGAAGCAAUCCCACACCUACUCAAAGCAAUCGAUGGAUGCACAAAAACCCGAGCCGGCCUAGUAGACGAUUUGAAGGAGUUGCUGGAUAAACUCUGUAUGAGUGCAAGUAAGAAUGCGAUCGCCGAAAGAAUCAGCGCUUAUGCGAAGAAAGAGAAGAAAGCCGGAAGUGCUUGGAUUGUCAAUGGCGAGAUGAGGGUGUUGAUGGGGUGA